AUGUAUAAAACGUCUUACGAGGAUCGAACUUACUUUUUGUACUGGCUACCCGAUCCAAAAAUCAUAGGCGUAUGGGAUGGCGUCAAUGAAAUGUAUGAGCUGGCCAUUAGCGAGAAAGAACGAGCUGACUUUGUCAACGUUAGCGAGACAAUAUUGCCAACUAUAUGGAGAGAAAAUAUGAGCAAUAAGGCAUUCACAAUCUCGGCUGUCUCCAAAUCGCAGUGUACCGUUAUGUUUGGCACUAAGAAUACGAUCAAACUCAAGGCAAAUAAGGGUAUAUCUUAA